AUGUUCUUCUCACGAGGUUCUCUCCUCGGUGCCUUCGUGCUCUCGGUCGCUGCUGUUCCCUUCCCAGGUACUCAUAAUGUCCACGAGAAGCGAGACGUAACGUCACAUGUUUGGAUCAAGCGUGAUAGACUUGAUGCGUCUGCUAAGAUUCCUGUUCGAAUUGGCAUGACACAGAGAAAUCUCGAGAAAGGGCACAAUCUCUUGAUGGAAGUGUGAGAUCUCACCCAAUUCCCAAACCGCGAAACCAUUUAUUGACAUACUUAUAGCUCUUCUCCUGACUCCGCAAAAUAUGGCAAACACCACACUGCUGAAGAAGUGGCUGAUAUCUUCGCUCCACACAAAACAACGACUGCUGCAAUCAUUUCCUGGCUUGUAGAGUCCGGUAUUCCAGUUGCUUCUAUUUCCCAAUCAGCCAACAAACAAUGGAUGCAAUUCGAUGCUGCUACUUCUGAGCUCGAGUCAUUACUCAAAACUGAGUAUCAUGUUUACGAGCAUGCUGAGAAUGGCAAGAGUACUAUCGCGUGUGACCAGUAAGUUCGUUUCUAUUUUAUGAAAACCUUUUCUAAUCUCAGAACACAGGUACCAUGUUCCGGCUCAUAUUCAAGAGCACAUUGACUAUAUUACUCCUGGAAUUAAACUUCACAUACCCAUGCGUAAGCGUAGCAAGGGAUCAGUAGACAAGAGGACCUUUGGAGUUACUGGAGGGAAGAAUCGUGUGGUACAUCCCCCGGAUUUCAGACCGAUGCCGGACUUUAUGGCUCAAGCACCGACCGGCUGUGACACUAUGAUCACUCCAGAAUGUAUCAAAGGUUUGUUCUCAAUGCGUUUAUCCUUCAGAACCAAACAGUCACUGAUGUCGCUUAUUUGCCAGUAUUGUACAAUAUCACCGAGCCAACCUUGGCAGAUUCCGGAAACGCCAUGGGAAUCUUUGAGGAUCUGGGAGAUGUCUACUCUCAAGCCGAUCUCAAUUCAUUCUGGGCGAAAUAUGCAAAGUGAGUUUAUCUGGAAUAGCCGUCUCAAAUCCUAUCUCACAAACAACAUAGAAACAUCCUAAGAGGUACAGCACCAACAUUGAAUGCGAUCGACGGCGCAGUUGCACCCGUUUCCGUCUCCCAAGCUGGGAUAGAAUCAAACUUGGACUUCCAAAUCGCAUGGCCCAUUAUUUACCCUUAGAAAACGAUUCUUUUCCAGACCGAUGACCCGCCCACCGAAAACGACUACCAGUAUAACGGGUUUCUCAACAAUUUCCUUUAUGCCCUCGAUGGUUCUUAUUGCCUUGAGACUCAGGAUCCUUUAGACCCGCAAUACCCGAAUCCUUCUAAUCAGGCUGGUGCUUACAAGGGUGCUCUUCAAUGUGGUGUUUAUAAGCCUGUGAGCUUGAUCAGCCUCCUGUGAGGAGUCGUGGCUGAAUACUGGUAGACAAAUGUUAUUUCCAUCUCGUAUGGAGGUGACGAGAUUGAUCUUCCGGUUGCCUACCAAAGACGACAAUGUGCUGAGUUCAUGAAACUUGGUCUUCAAGGAGUGUCCAUCGUUAUCUCUUCUGGGGAUUCUGGUGUUGAAGGACGAAACUGUCUAGGAUCUUCGGGUAAGCUGCUGAAAGAUUCCUCCCUUCGUCUAUAUUAUAAUAGUGAACUUUCGAAGGGCGUUGGUUGUCAAUUACAACUAACAAGUAACUAGGCAAAGUUUUCUCCCCCGAUUUCCCAGCCUCUUGUCCGUAUCUUACUGCAGUCGGAUCAACGUUCCUGCCAAAAGGAGCAAACGUAGCAACCGAUGCUGAGGUAGCCACAAGCCGUUUCCCAUCCGGAGGUGGAUUCAGCAACCUCUACCAGAUACCAUCCUACCAAGCAACAGCAGUCUCAAACUAUCUCACGAGAUUCAAGCCAACCUAUAAAUCUUACACCACAGUCAACCUAACCAACAUUGGCGCAAGUGGAGGUCUCUACAACAGUGCCGGCAGAGCUUAUCCAGAUGUUGAAGCUAUCGGAGAUAACAUUGUUAUUUUCUCUAAUGGAAGAGAGGGAUUGAUCGGUGGUACUUCUGCGAGUGCCCCGGCUUUUGGGGCUAUUCUUACGAGAAUUAAUGAAGAGAGACUUGCAGCUGGAAAGUCGACGGUUGGUUUUGUGAACCCUACUUUGGUAAGAAAUUCUUUCUCCUACAGUACAGUACCAUUUGGAGGCUUUUACUGACUUUUUGCAGUAUUCCAACCCUGGUGUUCUUCAUGAUAUCACUACAGGUACCAAUGAAGGAUGUGGUACAAGUGGGUUCUCUGCUUCAGCUGGUUGGGACCCUGUCACAGGACUUGGUACUCCAAAUUAUCCUGCGAUGUUGGAAUUAUUUAUGGGUUUGGCAUAG